AUGUCGCCAGGGGAGGGCAGGGGCUCUGGCUGGGGGUCCGGCUGGGGCUGGGGAGCAUGGGUGCGGGUGGCACAGAGACCCGGGGACCUGCGCCCGCUCCUCGGGAGCGUGGCCGCUAGCGGUGGCGGCGGCGCUGGGGAGAGGAGCGGCCGUGCGGGCAGUGGCCUCCGCUGCUCGCUGCGCGUCUGGGUGCUGCUGGCCACCCUGGGCCUCCUCUUCCUCACCUCGCUGCUAUUCUCACUGUCGCUGCGCGGGGGUGCCGCUGCACUGCCCUACCUGGACGCUCAGGGCUGGGAGGAGGCCCGCCGGGUCAAGCUUGUGCCAAACUACGCGGGUGCGCACCGACCCGGCCCGUUGGACAGCGCCCAGCAGAAGACCUGCGCCUGCCCGCGCUGCGUGGCCGACCCGGGCGUCUCCGACUGGUUCGAUGAGAACUACGACCCCGACAUCUCGCCCGUGUGGACGCGGGACAACAUCCAGCUGCCCUCAGACGUCUACUACUGGUGGGUGAUGCUGCAGCCUCAGUUUAAGCCCCACAGCAUUCAGCAGGUGUUGCUGCGACUCUUCCAGGUGAUCCCUGGCCGCUCCCCCUACGGUUCCUGGGACCCAGGCCGCUGCCUGCGCUGCGCCGUGGUGGGGAAUUCUGGGAACCUGCGCGGAGCCGGCUAUGGGACGCUCAUCGACAAACACAACUACAUCAUGAGGAUAAACCUGGCUCCCACCGUGGGCUUUGAGGAGGACGUGGGCAGCCGCACCACCCACCAUUUCAUGUACCCGGAGAGUGCCAAGAACCUGGCGGCCAACGUGAGCUUCGUCCUAGUGCCCUUCAAGACGCUGGACCUGCUUUGGAUCACCAGCGCUCUCUCCACUGGGCAGAUCCGCUUUACCUAUGCUCCUGUGAAACAGUUUCUGCGAGUGGACAAAGACAAGGUUCAAAUCUUCAACCCGGCGUUCUUCAAGUACAUCCAUGACCGCUGGACGCGCCACCACGGUCGCUACCCUUCCACGGGCAUGCUGGUCCUGUUCUUCGCUCUGCACGUGUGUGAUGAGGUGAAUGUAUUUGGCUUCGGCGCCGACAGCCGAGGAAACUGGCACCACUACUGGGAGCAGAACCGCUAUUCCGGAGAGUUCCGCAAGACGGGGGUCCACGACGCCGACUACGAGGCCCAGAUCAUUGAUUCUCUGGCCAAGGCCGGCAAAAUCACCGUCUUUCCUGGGAAAUGAGGACCAAAGGGGUCGGAGACGAAGAGAGGGGAUGAACUGAGGGAAGUCUACCCACCUACUCGCACACUUAUCUGCUACCACUCACCAGACUGUUGCUUCAUCCACCAGACUGUGUCUUGAUGAGUUGAUGUUAUGUGCUUUGGGACAGAGAGCUCCUCGUAACCGUUGAAUCAGGAAUAAGUGACUCAUCUGUCCUGCCCUCUGCAUACAGACAGUAGACUACUCUCUCUUGAUUACUGGUGGUUUUUUCGGCUUACUUUGACUCUCAAGAAGACAUGGACCAGACUGUGGAGAUCCCACUCCUUUUUUGACCACUUCCGGUUCUGUGGACGUUAAUCACAAUAGGGACAAAGAAGGAGGAACGCCACCGCUACCACCAACUCCACGCCUCUCCCGUUGAGCCCUGAUCAGUUGGCGGGGCGAUGAGGGGAGCAUGACCGAUCGUGCGCCUUAGAAUCUCAAACCACCACUGAGUUGCUAGGAUGGCAGUUAGCGAUUAGCACUAUGCUGCCACUGCUACCUCUGGCUCCAGCAGCUGCAGUUAGGACUCUUGCUCCUCUGAUUACUGAUGGUCAGCCAAGAGGAGCCAGUGAAAUCAAGUUUACAUGCCCUUAUACUGAGACAGUUUUUCCCCACAAACUAGUUUAUUUUUAUUUUCUUUUUUUGUCUUUUUUGUGUUCUGUCAUAGACGAUCAUAAAUGACACUACUCUGCUUACAGGGAUAUUAUUAGCUUGACCAGUGUUUUUUAGUGGUUCGGCAUUUUUCUUCUACUGACGGGACUGACUAAUUAUCCAGCUGAAAUCAGUGAAGGGGAGAAGAUGGCAGAGCUCUUAUGAGACUUCACCUUCACGCACCUGCGAAAACAAUUCUAACACACAAACCACUCGCUCGCAUACGCUCACUAAAUGUCGUCGCACAGCACAUAAGGGUGCUCUUAUGAGUAUCAGCUGCAGUGUCUACUAUCAUAGAAACAAAACUGCGUUGGUGAGCGCCUAUGCUUGAGUGCACAGAACAAGCCGCAGCGUACAGACACUCAAAAUAACAAAAUAAGUACCAGCCUGUGUGCUGCCACCUGCUGCCUAUAGUACGAAACGACACCUCUGGCUUUGUCUGAGCCGUGUUGUCUGUAGCUGACAAAUCUGAUGUUGGAUACUGUUAAAGUGAGAUGACGUCCAUAAAUCCUAAAUAAAUGCCGUUACAAAAGCCACAAAACCAUAUAUCAGCUUAGGUAAUGGGGAAGCCAUGUGGUUUGAUCAUAGCAGCUCCAGGUGCCAUGAUUCUCAACCUGUGAUUAUUAUUUGUCUGUAUUUUUUGUUGUUUGCUGUUAUUAUUAAGAUUACUGAAAUGUUUUUUGCACAUUAGUCCUACUAGGAUAGAUGACAAGAAUGGUCCGGCAAUGUUAUUCUCGGAUCAGACGGAAUCCAAACACACAAUAUUUGAGUACUUAUAGGAGUUAAAAACAGUGUACCAGCCAUGUGUUAAGAUACUAACCUAUUGAAAAUGUCAAGUGCAUGUAUGGCCUCGAGGUUUUAAUGGUAAAAGAUCUGCUCACGGCCAAAGCAUAAGUGGUAUUUUAGUUGUUUAUGGUGUUAUCAUUAUGUGUACAAUGAUUUAUUUUUGGGUUGAAUCUAAGAACAAAGAAUGUGAAAGAGGGAGAGAUAACUGAUCAUCUUUUAUUUUUCUAGGCCCUAUCAAACUCUUCAAACUAUUCAGGUUCAGCAUUAAUCCCUUUUGUCAUAUUGAAAUGAACACAUAUCAGUUAACUAUAGCUAUGUGAGCACCUGUGUGCACACAUAUCCAUACGCUUGCGUGCCUUGUUCUAGCCCUUUGUUAACAGCAGCCCCUUCCUCAACGAGUCUUGAACUCACCCCCCAUUCAAGUUGGAGUUCAACUGAGCCAUACAAAAACACAAUCAUGCUCUCUCUGUGCGGUCCCAUUAGUAGAAUCUCUACUCCACUGUUUAUUGGUUCAUAUAAGGGUCCAUUAUCAGCAAGGGGAAAAACAUCCAUAUGAGGCCAUUUGAGGUGCAGUCUGGCCUCAAACGGCGAUAGUCAUCCACUCUCAUACGCACUGACCUUUAGAGGGCUUCACAGACCACUAUGAAGGACAAAACCACAGCCUUUCCCUCGCUCUUUAGUCCAUCCCCACCUUUUGGAUAUAGCAUCCCCUCUCAUCUUGGCCUAGCCGAGUGCCUUGUCUCCACUUGUCGGCCUGGGUGACACUUGUCUAGUCUGUUACAGAUUAGCGCUAGAACCAGCUCUGAUAUCUGUGUAUCUAUUACACACACACACACACACACACACACUCCAGACAUGUUCCCUCACAUACUGGGAGAGACUGAAGAAAAAGUGACCCACAAGCAAAGGAAUGUCAACACUUUGGCUUCAUAUACCGGUAAUAUAAAAAACAGUUAUAUUGACACCAUAGUUAGUAACUAUCUGUGGACUCGUCUCAAGUGUAAAACAUUGUGUUGCAAUGGUGAGGCUUAUCUGUUGCUUGCGAGCAGAAAUGCUGUUGGUGUUGGUGACCGAGGUACUCUUUGACUGAAGAUCAUUUCCCCUUCUAUACAUUUACAAACCAGACAGGUUAAUAGUCUUGUUGAAGACUAUGUGAAAUGCCUGAUCCUGCUUCCCCAAAAUUAGAUCAUGACUGGACAUGCACAUCAGAAAUGAAAAGGCAGUAAUUUUACUAAUGGCUUUUGCGGUUAAUCCUAUAACAGAACAAACCGUUUUCAUGGACUGAUCCUAUUUUGGUACCAGCACAUAUUUUGAUUUGGGGAAUAUUCUAUCAUUCACUAAAAAGUAAAUCAGCACAUCCACAAAAAUAAGAUUCUUAACCUUUUUCUUGUUAUUCAUAUUCUUAUGCUCUGAUCCUUUAUCUAAUAGUUUUAUGGUCACACACACACAUAUCUUUAAUUGGCCAGUUACGUUUGGGAAUCACUUACUUGUGCCUGUCUUCUUCAGACGAAGGAGCCCUUCAGUCAGAAUAGGAACAAACACGUAGUGAAAUGAUGAGAAGCCUCUAACAGGGUCUUUUGAUUAUCCUUUCAUCUCCAUCUGUCCACGCCAUUGGGUUCCAAAUGGACAUCCUCUAAACAAGAGGACUAUUCCACAUGAUGGCAUCCACCGACAACACAGACUGUACAUAUCCUCCCACUCAUCGUUAAUGAUGAUGUUAUUACUGCUCUUAACCAUAGUCCUCAUUAGUGCUCUAGUGACUUAUCAUGUCAGUGCUCUCACCAUCCCUCUCUUCAAAACCUCAGAUCUCCAUCGCGGUGUGAUUAAGGACUGUUUUUAUCUUAUAAGCUAUUGUACAAAAAUAAAAGCAAAAUGGAAACAUUCAUGAUUCUUUUUUUAUGUUGGUUGCAGGUUAAUAGAGAUGUAAACACAAUGAUGCAUUUAAAUGCAUACGUUUAAAUUUAACUGCUUUGAUUAAUUAUGUUGUAUAUAUUUUGUUGCUUUAUCAUUAGUUUCUCAGUUUUAUUAAUAGUCUUUUUAAUCAAUGGACAAAAGCAUCUACCAAAUAAUUUAUCUACAACCCCAUUUGAAAAAAAGUUGGGACACUGUUUAAAUGUGAAUAAAGCCAGAAUGGAAUGAUUUGCAAA